AAGUUGGGGAGAACUUACUUGCCAACAUGCAGGAGCGGUUGGUUCAGACUGACCAAGGAGUGGCAGUGAUCAGCCCACAGGUGCUUGGGGUGUCCGCAUCAAAUGCAGACCUCAGCACACUGGCUAGUGUGGUCACCACCUUGGCGACCAUGGGCAAGGAGAAGGAAGACGAGAACAACUCAGAACUCAAUGUUCCCAUGGCAACACCAAAUGGUGACACCGGUGAUGGGAAUGACUCUGUAGCCAAGGCGUUUGACACCCUGGCCAAGGCCAUCCAGCAGGCCCCCAUGGUGAACUCUACAGAUAAUUUGGUUGGUAGCAGUGAGCAUAGUAAUAAUGACAGCUUAGAAGGACCUAUUUUGAUGGAUAACAACUUCCAGUUCAACCUUACGACUCCGUCCCCCAUGCCCACCUAUCUGAAUGUGCACUACAUCUGCGAGAGCGCAUCACGUUUGCUCUUCUUGUCCAUGCAUUGGGCAAAGGCUGUGCCCGCAUUUGCAGCUUUAAGCCCAGACAUUCAGAAUGUCAUUGUGCGUUCGUGCUGGAGUGAGUUGUUUACACUUGGCCUGGCGCAGUGUGCCCACGUGAUGGCCCUAUCCACCAUACUGACGGCCAUAGUUAGUCACUUACAGACCAGAGUACAGCAAGACAAGCUUGCUGCAGACCACGUGAAGGCAGUCUCAGAACACAUCAUGAAGCUACAGAUGUAUGUCCAGGUGUUACAGGGCAUGCAGGUGGACGCUGAGGAGUAUGCCUAUCUCAAGGCACUGGUGCUCUUUAACACAGACAGUCCCAGUUUGUCUCACCAACAGUUCCGCCAAGUAGAGAAGGUGCAAGAAAAAGUCUACCACGAAUUAGAGGCGUACGAAGAGGCCAAGUCCCAAUCAAACUCACACAGAGACCGGUACUCCAAGUUAUUACUGAGGCUCCCAGCCCUGCGCUCCUUGAGCCCCAGCAUCAUGGAGGAACUGUUCUUUGCUGGUUUGAUCGGUAGUGUACAGAUAGAUAGUAUAAUUCCGUACAUACUCCGCAUGGAGACGACGGAGUACCAUGGACCCGGUGUGGCAGCGGCAGCCUCUGUGGCAGCCUCCGUUGGCGUGACGUCCUCCCCCGGACCACAGGAAGUGGUCACUGCAAUACCCACGGACGGUCAGCAGCAACAUAUGUAUACAACGUCCACUGGGCAGCAAGUCAUGGUCACUGGUGGUCAGCAGUAUGCUACAGCUGUUUCUAUGGAUACAUAAGGUGCCAUGGUAACAGUUUCUAUGGAUACCCAAGGUGCCAUGGUAACAGUAAGCCUGCUACUUUGGAUACUGAAGGGAAACCAUAAAUGACUUGCCCAGUAACGUGGCUAACUGUAGUUCUGUAUACUUGCUACUAUAGAGAAUGAAAAAUAUAGAUAACUGUCCAUUUGCUGUAAUGGGCACAUCUGAAAGCUUGUUACCAUGGAAAUGUAAGUUUUGUAAUAGUGGAUAUAUAUAAGACAAUGAAGAAGAUAAAACAGACUAAUGGCAAAUGAAUGUCAACCGAUUUUUACCAUAUUGUUGAAACUUUCAUUCACAAUUCAGAAUACAACUGCCUGGUUGUAUUUUCACAAUUUAUGCCAUUUGAAAAGAUUCGAUUAUCAAAUCAUUCA